UAUAUGCAAUAGAAUGUCGUCGAUAAUCCACUGCAAAAAUUCGUUAAUUAUUUCAAUUAAAUCACAUGAAAAUUGACCAAAACCGUUCUCGAUAGUCUUUUUUUUUGUGCUUCUUCUUCUAUUUUUUUUCUUCUUAAUUAUCGUCUCGUACUGUGUGUCCUUCCUUUCGAUAUGAGGAAUUAUUUAUAAUGUCCCCGAAAGUAAUCUGUGAUUCUUAACAAUCGUUUUCUUUUUUUUCUAAAAUUUUUGUAAAGCUAAAAAGAUAUCUUUAAUAUUUAGUUUAUCCUCUCCUAAACUAUUAUUUGUUGGUUUAAAAAUAAUAAUUGCUUUCAUUUUAAAGGCAAAAGUUAAAGCCCUGCACUACUAAAAGGAUGUGAAAUAGCUGGCUUGAAACUUGUGUUCCACUUUUUUAAGUUAUUUUCAUAAAAUUUUCCCAUUAAAAAAAAUAUAUAUAAAGAAAUAAAUAAAUGGAAAUGAAAAUCAGUAAAUUAAUAAUAAUUCAAAAUAUUAAGAUAAAGCAUAUUAUCACAAAAUCCUGUCUUUUAAUAAACGACGACAGCUAAAAUAUAAUUUAAAAAAGAAAUAAAAAAAAUAAGAAUAUAUUUAAUAAUAUUAUCCUCCUCUAUAUAUUUAAUAUGUAAAUAUUCUUAUCACCAGUUAAAAAUAAUAUCAAAUUCAAUAAAAGAUCAACAGCUAAAAAAAAAUAAAUAAAAUAAUCUGAAUGAAAAAAAGAAAGAAAUUCACUGCAUCCCUUGCAACAACCGCAAAAUAUUCAUUAAAUAAAAGUGAUUUAAAAAUAAAUUUAACGAAUACAAAAUUAAAAAUAAAAUAAAGUUAUGUGCAGUUUUUAUAUAUAAUAAAAUAUAAUAUUUAAAUUUAUAAAUUAAAUAUCUGUGUAUGAUGGUCUACUACUUUUAAGUAAAAAUUACAAGUAAUUUUUUUAUUCAAUUUAAAAAAGAAAAUAAAUAAGAAUUAUUUAACAGAAUAUACAACAAAAUAUUUAAAAAAAAAUAUUCUAUUAUAUUUUAAAUAUAAAUAAAGUCUGUGAAAAAUUGUGUAUUUAAUCAUAAAAUAAAAUAAAAGCAGAGCCUAAAAUAAAAUUAAAAAAAAAAGAAGAAAAUAGUGUGUGUUGUGUUUGUGCUUGAAAUAAAAUUAAAAAAAAUAUGUACAAAAUAUAAAAUAUAAAAAAAAUAAAAUUUAAAUAUGAUAUCACUUGCGUAUCUUCAUAAUAUGAUUACGCUGUCGGCAUGAAAUGGAAGCAGCCAUUCGGUCUUCAGUGCAGGUCGGUGGUCCACCGCCACCCGGACAAAGAGGUGGUGGCGGAAGUGAUAACGGGCCAUCGUCGCAGCAACAAAAUCAACAAGGAGGUGCUCCAUCUUCAUCACAGGCUCAAGGAAAUAUGUCAGCCUAUCAGCAAAGAAUACCAUCAGGAGCAUCACCGAUUCAUAGGCCGGUCGACACACCGCAAUCAUAUGGGAAGGGUGGCAUUGGACCGCCGCCCCCGCAACAACAACCCCAAUCACGAUCGGCAACUAGUCCGCUCUCACCUCCGCGCCCAGGACCCGGCGCAACAGCCAACACCUAUCCUAAAUUCGCGGACGUUAAUGCAGUGCGCGAGGCACCUCACCGUUACAUACAGCAAAGCUCGUACAGUAUUGGUCCGGUUGCACAAUACCGCGAGAGCCCAUACACUCGAAUACCUCAAAUGCCACCAGCCGCAGUCCAAGACUAUCAUCGUGCAGCAGCGGCGGCAGCAGCAGUCGCGUCAUCACCGGUUGUCGUGUCGAGCAGCAACAGCCUACCAACCCUUGUAUCUGGAGUACCCACCGCCAGUACGAUGGACGGAACAGUGCAAUACUCGCACGCAUCAUCCGGUCAGUUACUUGCGAGUGUUGGUGUAGCUGGAGGAGGAGGAGGAGGAGGUGGUGGUGGUGGGCCAGUUGGAUCUGGAGGUAUGCUAGCCGUUGGACGUCAACGCAUACCCGGUGUUUUGUUGUCGCAUUCACAAUCGCCAUCUGUACAAUAUGCGUCAAGUGAUUACAUUGUGCAUGCGCGGCAACAACAGCAGCAGAACCAGCAAGCACCGCCCGAUCCAGGGGGACAACCUUAUAAGAAGAUGCGACUCAGCGACUCCAAUCACCUGCCACCCGUUGUUUCAAGUAUGAACGCUGCCGGACAACAAAGCAUGCCUACGCAACCACAUCCGCAUUCGCAACACCUUCAGCAACAUCAACAACAUCCCCCUUCGCAACCCCCAACGCAGCAGCAACAACCACUCUCCCAGCAGUCGCAACACCUUUCGCAACAACAGUCGCAGCUUCAGCUGCAACAGCAACAACAACAACAACCACCCACUUCAUCCCUCAUAGUCAACCGCAGCUCACAUUUAGUACAGUCGCAUUCGCAACAAUCCCCGGCUCCCCUUCCUCCAAACAGCAUGAACAGCAACCUUCUCAACAGCGGCCACCAAUCGGCGAUAAUAAAUAUUCCAGCGACACAACAACUCAAAAUUGAGACGCGAGAACAGCAGCGGCCCCCGCAGACGACUGAAGCCUACCAUCCCCAAGUAGAGGCGAUCUCCCCCACACUGCCAAAUGAAAUUGUCGAAGAGCGUCGUACCGCCAAGGAAGACUUGCUUAUGCAAAUCCAGAAGGUCGAUCAGGAGAUCGUCAAUGCGGAAAACACUCUGGCGAGCCUCACCAAGAAGGCAGAGUUGUUGCAGGAAGCUUCUAGCAAACCCAAAAAAGCUGAAGAAGAGAAACUGCUACAACCUAAGCGACGCCAUCAAAGUUUGGCUCAAAAGAUCUACGAUGAAAAUCGCAAGAUCGCUGCCGCCCAACAUUCCAUUCUGAGUUCGCUAGGCCCACCCGUUGAGCUGCCACUCUAUAAUCAACCGUGUGAUGUGGAGGCCUGUGCGGAAAUCAUAAAACGCCACCAAGCGACCAUAAAGUCGCAUUUGUUGGAGCAUUUAAAAAAGGUGAAACGCGAACGAUACAUCUAUAACACCGGAUUGGUGGAGAAAUACGCCCAAGCGUCUCAAGAAUGGCUCAAGCGGGUCGAAAAGUCUGAGUCGAGCGCUAAGCGAAAAGCUCGCGAAGCUAAGAACCGUGAAUUCUUUGAGAAAGUGUUUACGGAGCUACGUAAGCAACGCGAAGACAAAGAGCGCUUCAACCGAGUCGGCUCACGGAUAAAAUCCGAAGCUGACCUGGAAGAGAUUAUGGAUGGACUGCAGGAGCAGGCCAUGGAGGACAAGAAAAUGCGAUCCUAUGCUGUGAUACCACCACUGAUGUAUGACGCCAAAAAGCGGCGUGCAAUCUACCACAAUGAGAAUGGCGCUCUGUCGGACAUGGUGGCUGACUACAAAGAUCGCCAGAAUGUGAAUGUCUGGACCGCUGGCGAAAAGGAGAUUUUUAAAGAAAAAUUUCUGCAACAUCCGAAAAAUUUCGGAGCUAUUGCCGCGAGCUUAGACCGAAAAUCUGCGCAGGAUUGUGUUCGCUACUACUACCUCAGUAAGAAGACGGAAAACUACAAGCAGUUGCUGCGAAAGUCCCGACAGCGAACGCGAAGCUCUAGAAACCCUCAGAAAUCGCAACAAGCUCAGUCCCAAUGCAUUAUCGAUUCACUGACGACUGGAGUCACGACUCGUCUGCAGCGUGAACAACAACAAAAGACUGGUGGACGUGAUCGUUCUUCUGCUGCACAUUUGUCGUCGCAUAGUUCGUCAUCGUCUUCAAACACUUCGACGGCGACCACAACGACAACGAUACCGACGACAACGUCCACGUCGACUACAACAGUUUCUUCAUCUGCAACCGCUAAUAAUAAUGCCACUACAACAACUGCGAGUGGCUCGACGGCAGCGACAGUUACAUCUUCAAAAACCUCUGGUUCCUCGACAACGCCUACGACAACAUCAACAACUUCGUUGUCCUCAUCUUCCAGCAAGUCGGCAAGUGAUUCGUCUGCACCUGCAUCUACAACAACAACAGCAUCUGUGACAACAUCAACCACUACUACGUCUGUCACAAGUACCAGCAACAGCACCUCAUUGGUGACAACGUCAUGUACAAUUACCUUAUCAACGGCAGUUGCGGAACCUACAUCAACUUCCGCCACUACUGCAACCAGUGCAUCCGAAACUUCAGAUUCGAGUUCGAAAACUACCAGUGUAGGCCGGAAGUCGCCUUCGAAUAACAAUACUUCGGUUUCAAAUUCGACUACUGGAAAAGAACCCAAGUCGGAAAGUGCUUGCAAUAGCUUAUCGAGUACCGAAACCAAUGGACCGAAGACAUCAACCCCUGUGGAAGGUAUUGGUGAAAAAUCAGAUUCCACCACGAGUUCCACAGAAGCGACGAAGAGUAUCGAAGACAAGACUGGUUCUGUGUCAUCGAAUGUUCCGACAACUACUAGUGAGAAGGAUAUUGCUCUGCCACCCAAAUCUGUUACCCCCAAUGCAACUGGAAAUGGCAACUCAAAGUCUCCUUUGGAUGGCAGUGGAUUAUUAGUACAACAAAACAACAAUAGUGCAUCGAUAAAUUCAAACACACAUGCUGCUGGAGCUCCAAAUGGCAUCAAAAGCUCAUAUGCCGCUGUGUAUGCUUCUUCCAUUAAUGCAGGAACUGAAGUUAAAUCAUCGGCAGUGAUAGGAGUAGGAGUAGGAGCAGGUGGAACUGCAACUGCAACUGACAAGGACAACGUUGCUUCGUUGAAAUUGACAGAAACUGGUCUCAUUCUACCAGGACAGAAAACAAAGGCUACCGAUGUUGAUGGUGGCAGUGAUAAUAACUCCGAUGUUAGUGAGCCUAAAAAGAAACACCUUGAUGUGGAACCUCCUUCGAUUCCUGCCAACUUAACAAAUGACUCUGCAAAAGCAGUAACGUUGAACGAUAACAUUUCAACUGAAAAUAAAGAAAAACUCAACCCUUGUUUUGUUUGCAAAGCUGAAGCGUGUCCUCGCACUCGGCCGUUGAAAAAGGGACGUGGUCAACAAUAUGGCAUCCCAGAUGAUACAAUUCCGGCUGGAGCUAGAGUGUGCAAUUCAUGCCAGUGCAAAUCGGUACGAAAUCGUCAUCCCAAUUGCCCUCUGCCUACCUGUCCUAAUUCUAAAGAUCGGGCAAAACGUCUCCAUAAUAUACCACCACGCUUGUUUGAACUGUCUUCGGAUAUUCGCGACCCUAUUAUCCAGGAAUUCCAAAUUCCAAGUAAUGCGAGUCGCUGUUGUUCGGCUUGUUUGAUGCGAAUUCGUCGAAAACUCGAUCCACAUGUUAAUUUAACAGAUGAAGAACGUCGAACGGAUGGCGAUGAGUCCGACUUGAGUACAUCGUCUUGUGACGAACGUGAUGGUGGAAGUGAUACUGCAUCUGUGGACAGCCCUGAAAUUCAUAGUCGACAUGGUAGUGCUCUGCAGAAAGAUCAACUUAAGCAGAAAUCGGUGGACGUAUCGAACGCAACGAUUGCUCUGAGUAAAAUGGAUGAUCGGUUGUUGCCGCCACAGCAAGCUCCAAAGAAGCAAAAAACCUCCGAAGAGUACGAUAGCUCGGCGACUGAAACAGCUGAUGAGGAAAACGAGAAUUCUCCGGCAAAUCGCCAGAGCCCUAAAGUGAUAUCAAGUUCCGCAGGAUCGGCUAAUGGUACAAUGGUUCCACCAGCCUCUGGUAAUGGCCAACAACAACCAAAUGGCCCACCCCGCCCUGGUGAACAAUCUAUGAAUGUCCAAGACUUUGUGUAUAGCGUGAUUGAAAGGUCCCUGAAAACAGUUGGCCAACCUUCUUCACAAAUGAAGACUUCCAUCCCAACACAACAAGUAAAGACUAACAAUGGGCCUCAACAACAGCAACAACAGCAGCAGCAACAACAACCGCAGCAACAACAACAACAACCGCAGCAGCAACAGCAACAUCAACAACAACAGCAGCAGCAGCAACAACAUCAACAACAGCAGCAGCAACAACUUCAGCAGCAACAACAGCAGCAGCAACAACAUCAGCAGCAACAGCAACAACAACAAAAGCAACAACAGCAGCAACAGAGUGUUGGAACGAACAGCAAUGAUGUCACUUUUGUACGAGAAUUUCGCAGUGAUGGCUCAAUAGUGAAGCAACAACAAUCUCUUCAACAACAGCAACAAGCGCAACAUCAACAACAGCAAUCCUUGCAGCAACAACAGCAUCAACAACAUCAACAGAUGCAACAUAUGACGCAAUCCUCUUUACAACCCCCAACAACAUCGAUUCCAACGACAACGAAUCUGCAGCAGAAUUCCGCCUCAGUGGUACCGAUUUCGAGGCAAUCAGUUACUGCGGCGGAAAAUCUUGCAACUUUAUCUGUUGUCAACUCUCAUAUGCAUAUGUCACCACAAAUAAUUAGCCAUCCUCAUGGCAUUGCUGCAACAAUUACCCCUGUUAAAGUGCCGCAACCCCAAUCGCAUGAUCUAAGGGACAAAGAUGAGAUUAUCUACAGUGUUCAACAGAGGCCGAGUGAACCAGAGCCGCAGACUCUUGAUCUCUCCAUUAAGAAACCGUCUAGAGAUUCUGGGCCGUCACCUCAGCAACAUCAACUGCAUCAACAUCAACAGCAGCAGCAGCAACAACAACACCAUCAGCAACCACAACAUCAGCAACAGCAACAACAACAGCAGCAACAACAACAUCAACAGCCACCCCCUCAGCAAAUGCACCUUCCAAAACACGUUGUUGGUAAUAAUUCCACAUCGAUUUAUCGCGCUGGCUGUGAUGCUCCUUCGGCACCUUCGUCGUGUUUGGCUUAUCAUCAUGCUGCGGCCUCAGAUUUGGGUCGAUCGACAAAUAAAUCAUCGGCAGCAUCUUCGCUUUAUGUGUCCCAAGUACCUGUACCGAUAUCAAUAUCGCAACAGCCGCCCUCUGCGGUUGUCAGACAACAGCAGCUGCCACCACCCAGCCAUGGACAACUUCAACAGUCCGGUCCUCUGCCGGGCAAAAACAAAAUGCCUCCAAAGUUGUCUCCCCAAAUCCACCACCCUGGCCAUCCACAUCAGCAGUCGCCAAGUCCCAGUCAGUUGGUAUCUGUUGCAACAGGUCCCAAAGGAUCUAUAACGCAUGGAACACCAAUGAACAAUGCCCAACAGCAGAUAAUCGUGCAAGGUAGCGCUGGUUCCACCCUCAGUCCGAAAUUCGAGGGAAUGCUUCGACAGACUCCUCCAUCAAGUAGUAAUGACAGCAACAAGUUGGGUUCCAUAACCCAAGGAACACCAAUUCAUCUGCCAUCGCAUCAUCUACAAGAUAGCAGCAAGCGCAUAUUUGAAUACUAUAAAACUAGUCGUCAAAGUCCAGCGCAACAAGGUGCUGGCAACCCGGGUAGUCAGCAGCAGCAGCAACAACAACAGCCAAUGCCACCUCAUUCGCAGCAGUCUAGCCCACAGGCUCCAAACUUUGUGAAUUCACCUUAUGCCAGGCCGGUGUCUUACUCUACCAUGGAACAGCCCCAGCCUGUGUUAAGUACACGACAGAUAGUAAUGCAUGACUAUAUAACCUCGCAGCAAAUGCAGGGACAACAAAGGAAUGUGUCGCGUAGCGACAAGGAAUCGCCGUCGCCGCGAAAUAGUGCCUUGGGUGGGUCGCCUGCGUUGAUUUAUUACGAUAAAGAACGUGGCCGGCCCACUGAAUAUGGGUCAAGUCGGGCCUCACCAGCUGAUCAUGCAAACAGUACUCCAAGUCCACAUCGAACACCUCCACCACAACGACAGGGUGUCAUUCAACGUCAUAAUACUGGAUCCAAGCCGCCGUCACCAGCUGCUCCGCCAAAUCGAAUGCACGCCAUGCCACAUAAUUAUCCUCCUGCUGGUCACGAAGCCUUUUCAUCUUUCGUCGAUGUUGCAGUCCAACAACCACAGUUGCCCGUCCCCCAAAAGGACGAAAAACGACAAAUGUCUGAUCAUCAACCACCACCACCUCCUCAUCAUGACAUCCGGUACCAUCAACAGCAAAUAGCUCGUGAUCAUGUUUCCAUGCAAAUACAGCAGCAACAACAACAACAACACCAUCAGCAACAGCAACAGCACUUCCGCCAACAGCAACAACAGCAACAGCAGCAACAGCAAAUGGCUGAUAUGCAUCGUCGCAUGGAACAGUGCAAACGUAUGCAAGUUAUGGAUAUGCAAAAACGUCAAGAACAAAGAGAACAACGAGAACAAAGGGAACGCCUGGCUGAACGCCAGAACCAAGAACGUCUUCAGGCUGAACGCGAUCGCAUCGACAGAGAGCGCGGUGAACGUGAGCGUGAGCGUGAACGUGAAAGAGAGCGUGACCGAGAGCGGAGAGAUCGCGAACGGGAGCGUAUUGAGGAACAGGAAAGAGAAGGUCGUCGCUUGGAGAAUGCUCGGAUAUAUGCAGCUAAUGCUCCACCACCACCAGGAGGUCCGCCACACUAUAUGAGAGCCGAUGGGCCUCCUCGCGCAAUACCUGACCGAGAACGAGAUCCCUAUCAUAGGCCGCAUACGGGACGUUCCCAAGACAGUACCCUAUCGGCAGCGUGUCUAAUCGAUGCAAUCAUCAAACACUCUAUAAGCCAGGGAGUCUCCGAACCACCACCGUCUAAUAUGGCUAGAGAACCUUCACGAACAUCAUUUUACAACCCUCGUGAUAUUCCUCAACAUCAUCAUGCAGCAAUUGCGGCUGCAGAAAAUAAUGGUAAAGCGAAUUCGCCUAAUGUGAUCAAUAUCGAUUUAGAUUCUGGUGAACAACAACAACAACAGCAGCAGCAACAACAACAACAGCAGCAGCAACAACAACAACAACAACAGCAGCAACAACAACAACAACAGCAGCAGCAGCAACAACAACAACAGCAGCAGCAACAACAACAACAGCAGCAACAAAGGGUAGGAGUAAGUGGUCAUCCAAGCAACCGACAGGCUCCUCCUCCACAAGUGCUGACUAAGAAUAUUACUUUUGGAGAGUUGACCGAAUCAAUAAUAGCGAAGGAUUAUGGGCCAAACCCAAUGCAUUUGCGUCCCUUCAUGUAUAUGCAAGAUCCGCAAGCUAUUGUAACACCAGACCGCUGGAAAUACAAUAGGAGAAUGCAACAGAAAGAAGCUGAAGCAGCUGCGGCUGCCGCUGCUGUCGAUCGAAGUAAAAACCCCUCAUCGUCAGGCUCGUCAGGAGGUGGGCGGUCGACAACUCCCGAUGAACGACAGAUUAUUCGAAUGGCUCAGCCGCCACUAAGUCCACGAAAAUUCAUACAAGAAAUAAUGCCGCACGAGGCCAAUUACUACAUGGCAGCAGCUGCGGCACACGAAAGACGAUUGCAAGGUGGAGGAAUUGUCGGUGGCAGUCUUAAUCAUCAGUUCGACACGAUGAAAUACGUGAAAAAUCGCAUUGUCGAAGCAAUGCGUACUGAAGACGAACGUCGUCCUGAAGAUUUACACGCUGCUGCAGUAGCCGCUGCCGCUGCUUUCCACGUCGGUGAUCUGCGACAGGCAGCAAUCGGAGCCGGUGGUCACAAGGAUCAAGAUGGUCUCAUGGGUGGCAAGCAACCCUCAAACUAUGAAGACAGUCGACGAAGUGGCAACGGUCCCACACAAAACAAUGACUCCCACCAUCCAUCUGCGUAUCCCCAACCACCAGUGACUACCUUUGCAACCACAACGUACACGUAUCCGUUUAAUGCUCUAAACGUUCACGGGCCACCACCCAGUUCCGCAGGGCCUAAGCUACAUUCGAACCCCAUCGGUGAUCCAAAUGUACCCGGCCACAGCAUGGGCGGUGUUAGCGGUCACAGCGGCAAUCUUCACCAACAAUCCUCACAACAAUCAUCAUCCGAACCCAAGCCGCUGCUCUCGGCACAGUACGAGGCGCUCAGCGAUGAAGAAUAGUAGGCCAAGUAUACAAAUUUUCAAGCAAAACACGAAUUAUAUUUUAUUAGACAUUUUUGUUUUUCUUCUUUUAUUUCUUACAAAAAAAUAUAAUAACAUUCAAUUCGAUCUAAGUAGAACAAAAACAAUUGUACAAAAGAGACAGAAAAAAAUUAUUUUUAUAAAAAUAGCAUACAUAUUAGAAAUUAAUUAUUCGUUUUGGGAAUUUGGAAUUUAAUUUCGGGGAAAACAUUGAUGAGAAUGUUCUACAGGUAUACAUGCUGCAUACGUGUGUUUGUAUAUUUAUUUAAUUUUUGGAAGACUAUUCUUUUAAUUUUUUACUGGUAAAUCCUUUUUGUUCAAAGCUCACGAUCCACAUAAAGUUGUGUUUAGAAAAAAAAAAAACAAAAAAAUACUUAUCAGAAUUAACAAACAAACAAAAACUAUAGUAGGUAUACAAACAAAAACAAAAACCCUCGAGGAUUGCUUAAGAAACGCGGUCGAAGACGGACGGCUUAAAAUAGAAAAGUGUUUUAAGACUUGAGCUGUACCUGAAGUUUUCUUGGAUUUGUGUGGUUUUUAUUUUGUUUCCACUUUAUUUUUUUAACAUUUUUAUCCCGAUAUUUUAUUUUCAGUAUGAAAUGAAAAUUAAAAUCUGAAACCAUUUGAAAUUUUGACUGACAACGUUAAUAAUUAAACAAAACAAAAUUUAGGGACUGGUCAAUGGAAUAAAAUUAGGUGACUAAAUUUAACUGGCAUGACGGGCAAACAAAUUGCAAAUAUAAAUAUUUUAAUUCAGUUUCCUUUGAAUCCAUGUUCAUCGAGAUUUUCAAAGUAAAUAACAAUAAUUUCACUUGACUAAUUGUAUUGUUUUUAUUUUUAUAAUUAUAUCCCAAUUUCAUUUUAAAAGCAUUCCCUUUCACAUUGAUUAGUCGUCAUAUUGCUUGCUUUCCUAAAAUAAUCGACUUAAAUUAUGUUGUUGUUCAUAUAAAAUUUCAUACCGAUUACAUUAAGAUCCGAUCUUUGUAAUAACGAUAACGAUACAUAAUUCAUUGCUAUGGUGUUUAUGUUAUUUCAAGAAAAAAAAUUCAUACAAUGGUACAAAUUUCUACAAUAGCUCGUUUUCUAAUAAAGAUAUUCCUAUGUUUUAAAGCCGGAGAAAAACUUAAUCUAAAGAAACUCUCGGAAGAUCAAAUCAAAUUAAAUAGUUGGUAAUAAGAGCGCAUGCUGGAAACCAGAAUAUAUAUAUUGUUUAAUGCCUUACACAUUGUGAAGAAUUAUUAAUUUUCUGAUUGUCAAGAUGACCACACAAAUUCUAAAACAAACUCCAUCGUACAGCUCACACAAUGGAAAACAAAAAAAUCUGCAAAUAUUGCGCUAAUCGUUCUUCUCUGAAAUGAAACUUCGCAGUUACUCUAAAUAAAAAUAUUACAUGAAAAAGUUAGAACAAAGCAAAGCAUAAGCUACCACACAAAACAAAACAAAAAUAACAAACAUAUAUUAUAUACAUAUAUAAAUAAAUACAAAUCAAUGUAAAAUAUAAUAAAUACAAUAAACAAAAAUUAACCGUAGAUGGCGUACGUUUGUAUAAAAAGUAAAAUAUUCAUUACGAAAAAUAAGCAAAAGAUUAUAUUUAACGUAUAAGUAAAACAAAUAAAAAAUUUAAAAAAACUAAAAAAAAAA